UUUGCAAAUUAUGGCGGAUAAUUUGAAAGGUAGCAGGUGAAUUUUAAAAUAACAAUAAAAAACACCAUUUACUAUUCGUAACUGAGUCCUAUAAUUCAAACAAUCCAUCCACAAUCGCGUAGAAGUAGGUCAACAUCACAAAUACAAACGGUUAUCAGUCAAACACCAUGGGUGUUACUUUGUACCAUUUUCCCAUGAGUGGGCCUUCCAGAGGUGCCUUAUUAGCUGCGAAAGCCGUCGGUGUACCCAUUGAUGUCCAACAUCUAGAUUUAAUUGCAAAAGAACAUUUAAAACCAGAGUUUAUUAAGAUCAACCCGCAACACACAGUACCUACAUUAGUUGAUGGAGACUUUGUGGUGUGGGAUAGUCAUGCCAUAGGCCCCUACUUGGUACGCACAUAUGGAAAAGAUGAUUCCUUGUACCCCAAUGACCCAAAACAGAAAGCAAUAGUUGAUCAACGGUUGUACUUUGAUUGUGGCACUUUGUACCCCAGAAUACGCCAGAUCUGUUUUCCAGUACUGUUUCAAGGGGAGGAGGAGAUUUACGAUGAACACAAAACCUCCCUAGAUGAAGCUUUAGGCUUCCUGGAUGUAUUCCUCGAAGGCAAUGAUUUUGUAGCUGGAAAAAAUUUGACAGUUGCUGAUUGCUGCUUAGUAGCUUCAGUGUCAAGUAUUGUUUCUGUAGGGUGGGACAUUACUCCAUAUUCAAAUGUUAAUUCCUGGGUAGCUCGCUGUGCUCUAACCAUUCCAGAUUAUGCCGAAAGCAACCAGACGGGCGCCAACCAGUAUGGGAAAGCCGUACGAAGUAAAUUAGCACCAGGUCAAAUUUAGGUUACUCAUCCUUUCAUACUUUUUGAUAAAGAAAUAGACGAUUUUGAGUACA